CACCACCACCAGCAUGAUGUCGCUGCUUGCACAGCCGUUCUCACCUCGCGCCAGCAGUUCACUGGUCUUCAGCACCUACGAAGGUGUCGCCGCUACAGUCCCAGCGCCGACAUCCACGCCCACCGCUAAGGACCGGCCGUUCGUGUGCGAAGAGCCUGGCUGCGAUAGACGCUUCAACCGCAAAUUCACGCUCAGCGAGCAUAAGAAAACGCACACUGGCGAGAAGCCGUACGUGUGCCCACUGGUGGAAUGCAGCCGGCGCUUCAGCACGUCCGGCAACCUGGCGCGCCAUAAGCGCCUGCAUGCGUCGCUAAAGCCCUUCGAGUGCGACAUUAAUGGCUGCAAGCGCUCGUUCCCCAGCCAAGAAAAGCUCGACCACCACAUCAAGAUCCACACCGGUCGGAGAACCCACAUGUGCCGCGUGCCCGGCUGUACCAAGACCUUUAGUACGGCCGGCAACCUCACGCGCCACACCAAGAACCGUCACCCAGAGCUUAUCCGGAGUACGUUUCCGGCGUAUCCGUACGCCCUUUCAAGCCCCACGCACCACCGGCCAGUGCAUCCACCGCACUUCGUGGUCGAUCACGUCUCCCAGCCCCCGUUAACCAAAUUGGAGCCGGGACCGGCGCCAGUGUACUCGCCCGACUCGGUGGAGUUGUCUUCAUUUCAGGACGAACUGUCGGCAUUCCACAUGGCCUGCGAGCUGCCCGUGCAGCCUUUCAUCGCAAGACCCCCGCGAGAUAUGACCGCUGCUCCGAUAGCCGAGUCUGCCGUGAGUGACAUCGCCCGCUGCAGCAUGAGCGUGCUAGACGAGGUGAUCGAGUUCGAGCUCACAAAGAAUGUGUGA